GAAAAGUGACAGAGUGUGGAGGCGGGUCCACGCACGGCAGGGCAGGAUCAGCAACCUACAGCCCCCGAACGGUGAACAACAACCGCUUCCAGCAGCAGCAGUGAGUCUCACUCAUCAUGAAGUCUAUCCUCACUACACUGCGGCGAGCGCCGGUGGUGCGAAGCGAGAUUCGCCAUACCGGCCACCUCAGAUUGCUCUCCAGCACCAGCUCCCGGAAAGCUCACCAGAUCCCACCGCUGAAGGACAAGAGCCUCUUCAAAGAGCAAGCCUACAUCAAUGGCGCCUGGGUUAAUGCUCAGAGCGGCAAGACCUUUGAGGUCCAUGACCCUGCCACGGGUAAAGUCAUUGGCACCAUGCCAGAGAUGAACGCCAAUGACACGAACGAUGCCAUUGCAGCAGCUUCGCGUGCCCUUGUGUCGUUCAGGAAGACGACCGCGAGGCAGAGAGCAGACAUGCUUAGGAAGUGGUACAACCUCAUGGUCGAGAACAGCGAAGACUUGGCGAGGUUGAUCACUUGGGAGAACGGCAAGCCCUUUGCCGAUGCCAAAGGUGAAGUCGGAUAUGCCUCGAGCUUUUUCAACUGGUUCAGCGAGGAAGCAACUCGGAUCACUGGUGAUACCAUACCAGCCAGCGUCGCUGGGAACCGGAUCUUCACCGUGAAGGAGCCCGUCGGCGUGUGUGGCUUGAUCACUCCGUGGAACUUUCCAGCAGCUAUGAUUACUCGCAAGGUUGGUCCAGCGCUCGCUGCAGGCUGCACUGUGGUUGCAAAGUCGCCCGGCGAGACGCCAUACACUGCUGCUGCCAUCGUGGACCUAGGGCAUCGAGCUGGUAUCCCACCUGGUGUAAUCAACGUUGUGACUUCACUUCAAAACACUCCCGAAGUUGGUGAAGCCAUCACUUCUAGCAAUGAUGUCCGAAAGGUUUCCUUCACUGGCUCGACUGCAGUGGGCAAGCUACUGAUGAAGCAGUCUUCCAAUACCCUCAAGAAGUUAUCCUUUGAACUCGGCGGCAACGCACCUUUCAUCGUCUUUGAUGAUGCAGAUCUUGAGACUGCCGUGAAUGGCGCCAUCGCCAGCAAAUUUCGAUCCAGCGGACAGACAUGUGUCUGUGCAAACCGAAUUUACGUUCAAAAGGGCAUUUACGAGGAAUUCACAAAAGCCUUCACCGAAAAAGUCAAGCAGUUUCAGGUUGGCCACGGCUUCGACCAGGGCAUCACGCAUGGUCCUCUGAUCCACGAUCGUGCAGUCAGCAAAGUCCAAGCUCACGUCGACGAUGCCGUCCAGAACGGCGGCAAAGUCCUCGCUGGCGGUAAAAUGCUCCCCGAACUCGGACCCAACUUCUACGCCCCGACCGUGAUCCGCGACAUGACCUCGAAGAUGAAGAUUUCCUCCGAAGAGACUUUCGGCCCUGUCGCAGCCCUCUUCCCCUUCGAGACGGAGAAAGAGGUCGUGGAGCUUGCCAAUGCGGCGGAAGUCGGCCUGGCGGGAUACUUCUUCUCGAAAGAUAUUCAAAGGUGCUACCGAGUCGCAGAGCAUCUGCAGUGUGGUAUGAUUGGUAUCAAUACGGGCUUGAUUUCCGACCCUGCAUCACCAUUUGGUGGUGUCAAGGACAGCGGUUUCGGUCGAGAAGGAUCCAAAUAUGGAAUUGAUGAGUAUUUGAUCAUCAAAACUAUGACUUUGGGUGGUGUAGGUGAAUUGCAAGGCUAGGUAGAUGCGUAGAGGUACGUUAGAUAUCCACGCCAAGUAUGAUAGAGUCAGUCGUCACGAUCCGGCAAUUUACAAACAUUUCAGAAACCACAUGCAAGUCUUGUUUCAACAGCACUUUGCGUGCUAAGGUAGCCAUGUUGUGAUAUAGGCAAAAAUCUACAAAAUCUACAAAAUCUUGUCCUUGACGUACAGGUCCAUAUACUCGUCUACCGGCAUCUUGUACAGCGUCGCAGGGUUGUUGCCCAGGUCCACAAGCUUCUUGGUGUGCUCGGCGGAGAAAUGAGGCGCAAUGUGAUUCUUGAACUUCUCGAGAAUGAUGGGUUUGGCCUCUUCUCUCCGCAGUCUGUGGCCCAGCGGUGCUUCGAUGACUUCUUCGGGAAGAACAGUGCCAUCCUUCAGUUUGACCGUCAAGGCGUUCGAGAUGGUGCGCUUCUCUGGGUCGUGGUAGUCCUUGGUGAAUUGAGGGUCUUCCACACACUUGAUCUUCUGUCUCAGGCUCUCUACAAGAGGGGACUCGGCGGCCUCACCACCAUCCGUGUAGUCAUCCGCAGUCAAGCGGCCGAACACGAGCAUGGUCGCCGCCAUGUACUGCACACAAUGGUCACGAUCGGCGUAGUUGUCCAUGGGCUUGAACUGCUUGUCGAUGAUACGAAUGCAAGCCUCGUGCGUGCGGUUCGUGACUUCCGCGAUGUCUUCGGCGCUCUUGCCCAUCUUCUUCAGCUUGUGGUGGAUGUUCUCAGCGGCCUCGACGGCAGUUUGUGAGUGGAACUCAGCCGGGUAAGAGACCUUGAAGAGGACGUUCUCCAUGACAUAGCUGCCAUAAGGACGCUGGAACUCGAACUUCUUGCCGCCGAAGUUGACGUCGUAGAAUCCCCAGACUGGGGUGGAGAGCACAGUCGGUACACCGCCCUCGCCGCGCAAGACCUUCAGGGCCAUAUCAACAGCACGUUGGCAAGCAUCACCGGCGGCCCAAGACUUUCGGGACAUGGUGUUGGGAGUGUGACGGUACGUUCGGAGUGAUUGGCCAUCGACCCAAGCCUGAGAGAUGGCAGCCUUGGUUUGCUCGACGUCCAAUCCCAGCAUCUUGGAUACGACGGCAGUAGAAGCGACCUUGACGUUCACAACGUGAUCGAGACCGACCUUGUUGAAGCUGUUCUCCAAAGCCAAGCAACCCUGAAUCUCGUGGGCCUUGACCAUACCCUCGAGGACAUCGUGGAUGGUGAACUGCUUGCCAUUGCCUACCUUGACGCCGUUCUUGUUGGAGCGGUUGGCCCAGUCUGCUACAGCGAGAAUGGCACCCAAGUUGUCUGAAGGGUGACCCCACUCAGCAGCGAGCCAGCAGUCGUUGAAGUCUAGCCACCGAAUCAUGGCACCAAUGUUGAAAGCACCAUUGACGGGAUCUAACACAUAUGGCGUACCUGGCACGCGAGUGCCAUUGGGGACAGUGGUGCCCUCCACUACGGGACCCAGCAGUUUUGUGCACGAAGGGAAUUCGAGGGCACGCAGACCGCAGCCAAUGGUGUCGAGGAAGACGAAGCGAGCCGUGUCAAUCGCGAGCUCCGAGUUGAUCUUGUAGUUGUGGAUGUAAUUGGCCAUGUCGGUGAUCUCGGGAUCAAAGUCGGGCGCCUUGCCCGGACGGCCCAGAUCAGUGUGUUUCGACAUGCUGGUAGAGAAGCCGCGUGCUGCGUGGAGACGAGAUCCGGUCGUGCUCGAUGCGAAGUGUAGGCGUGGUUGUGGUUGUGGGUGAGCUGCAGCUGCAGCGAGAGGAGCUUUGGAGCAGCUUCGGGUAAUACGAGCUGCGGCCGUCGAGCUUCGGAGCAAGUUUCGUGCUGCCAGCGACGACAUGGCACUACCGUGGGAGGAGAUGUCGAUGUCGGUCUAUGGGAGGGAGGGGGAGAGGGCGGAGGAGGAGGCGCGGAGGAAGAGGUAGUGGUGGUGGAGCAGGAGAGCUGUACUACGGAGCUGGGAGAAAAGUACAAUGCGUCUGUCUCCAAAAGUCUCCAGUGCCCCAGAUUUCU